AUGGACAUACCAAUGACGUUCGGAAAUCAGCGCAGUGGAAGUGCGGAGCAGGAUGUGAUAUCCUUUGCGGAUAGCCAAGGGCCCAAUACAAAUGGCGAAAUUGGUCUUCAGAAAAGCCGCUUGCUUGACACUAUGAAUGACAGGGGCGAUCACGCCCCAGCACUAGUCGGAGUAGAAGUUAAAUUUUUCAGGGAACACAUAUCUCCAGAUAGACUGUCGACAUCGAGUUCACAAACGUGUCACAAUGUUCGGUCGCUAGCAAUUCACGGUGACGAAGCCAAGGUCGAAAUGGUUGGUAGAGCACGAGUUCAGUUGACCCUGAGGCGGCUGCCGGUAUCAGCGGGAUCUGGCGUCCGAAAACCCCAUAAUGCGCGGGUCAAGUAUACUGAACGGUCGGGGACUUAUGCGGUGACAGCUUCGGCCGCAGAGCUCCAAAAUUACAGCCUUGAUGAGCGCGGGAUCGUAUCUGACAGCCCCGACCGCACAGGAAAAUGGAAGGGGCAGGCCGCAGUCGCUACCGGGCACCUUGCAGAACCGGGUCGAGACUCAACGACUAUGGACAAGACCAAGUUGCAAAAUAUUGCGCCCUCGAAGUAUAUCAUAAGGCGUCAUUGA